AUGGGCUUGCGUUUCACAGAAGAAACGACGACAGCAGUCUAUGAAUUUGAGAAGAUGACAUGGGACGAGAUGGACGAGGUUUUUUAUACUGAAGAAGAGAUCGGUGACUUUCGACACAGUGCCUUCAUGAUUGAGUGCGGGCUUGAGGAGGAGGAUUGGGCUGUGCCUGAUGUGGAGCCAACACCAUGGAACAAGGAGGUUGAUGCGAUAAAAAUCAAGAAUUUUGCUACCAAUUUAGGUGAACUGAGGGAGCACCAACUCAAGGCAAAACGAGAGCACCAAUUGACUGACUCGACAGCCAAGGUUGAUUCUCCACCAUCCAAUACAAGCGACCCUGUUGAAUCUGAGGCCAAGCCAUUACACGAGGAACCAAAACUGGAACCAAAGGCUGAGGCAACUAAUCCGGUGAUGCAAACUAUGCCACCAAUAAAAUCAGAAAGUAAGCCUGAGACCGAGGACAAAAUCGAAAAUGAACUGGACCCUGAAAAGAUCACGACUGUGGAUUCCAAGAGCUCCAUCGAAGAUGAUCUCAAGAGCUCGGCUGCUAUGCAGGAUGCAUCUGCUCGAACCGCCACAACUGAAUCCACACUGUCAACUCACGAUUCCAUCGACAGUCCACCACCAACCACCGUUCCGCUUUCUCCACUACAAAAGACCAAUAAAAGCGCCAUAACAAAAGAGAACAAAAAAUCGUCACCCAAGCCGCUCGUGAGCCCCAUUCAACGAUCCUAUUCAAUGGAUACGCGGCGAAAAGACAAAUCGAAACUCGAUAAAAUUCUCAAAUCAAUCGAAAGUCCGACAAGAUCGCCAAAGAAAACAACAGCUCCAACAUUGUCACCAAUAGCGAGCCCGAAAUCAACAGAAGAUAAAGAAGUCAACAAAUCCAUCAGCCCAUCGGUCUUCGUACCAAAAAUACCGCCGAGAAGUCUUGUCCGUACCAAUUCGUUGAAGAAGGGCAACAAGAAAAACCGCUCCAAGGUUCUUGCAAGUCUUGACAACGAAACAUCUGACAUGGCGCAAGUGCCAGUGAAAACAAAACUGAAACCAACAAAGUCAGCGGACCUGGAGCAUAUGAGGACGGCUGCUGAGGAAGAUCUUGACAAAUCGGAGCGAAAACUGAAGAGAAAUCUCAUGCGCACGACCUCGGGAUCGAUGAGGAAUCUUAUGAGACCACCUCGAAGGGGAAAGAAGGGAGAUAAGGAUGUUGGCGAGUCGCCUACAAAACCAAAGCGACGAACGAAAAAAAAUGGUAUGCACGACAGCAGUACUAGUAUGGAUCUCGAAAGCGUUGCUGAAGGUUCAGAAAAGAAGAAAAAGAAGAAGAGGAGCUCGCUCAGCAACAGUCAGCGCAGUCUCGGUAGCGGCGGUUCGGCGAAGAAACGAUCAUCUUUGAAACGACAGGACUCCUCGACAAAAAAGAAGAGGCCAUCUUUGAAUCGCGGCGACAGUUCCAUGAGUGCAGCAUCAUCUGGUUCAAUGUCGAAGAGGAGACCGUCUUUGAAACGCAACGAUAGUUCCAUGAGUGCGACGUCAUCUGGUUCAAAGAAGUCGAAAAGGAGAUCAUUACUGAAGCAGUUAGAAAGAAGCGCUGGUGAGGAUGCAUCAGAGCGUAAACCUCGACGGGGUAUGAAAAAGCAAGAAAGUCUAAGACUGCAAAAGGAAAAAGAGAAAAAGAACAGGAAAUCCUCUGAAGAAGACCCAGAGUCCUCUUUGUCUGAAGACGAGCUAAACGACCUCAAUACUCUCCUAUCUCCGAUUCGUGAGCCGAAAUCGAAACGAGGGACUUCCGCGGACCGUUCGUUGGAUAGUCAGAAUAUGAGCUCCAUCUCCAGCGGAGUUUCCUUCUUGGGAAGCAUCGAUGCCGGUUCGGUUGGGAGUGAUCGCUCCAUUGGCACUUUUGAUGACGACGAAGAUUUUGACCUCCCCAGCAGACCUACCGAAUCAGAUGGCGAGAGUGAAAAUCAAGUCCUGCAAGAAUUCUAUCGCUACAUGAAAUCAGAACCAACGAGACAUCAUGGUGGCGUCAAAGUUUACACAGUCUACAAGGAAACUACCUCUUCUCACAAUGGCAAGGCUACCACCAGCAGAAAUUUCGCAGGGGCUGCUUUGGUGUUGAGUGGCAGUGAUUGA